AUGGCCUUGCUAAGGCAGAUAUCCGGAGUGCUGAACCGUAGCGGACCAUUGUCGAAAGGUGUGUAUCCGUUGCUUUCCGGAAGGUACGGAUUGUACCCAGCGCACUUGAGACUCCUGUCGUCGUUGGGUGCUGGUUCGAGACAAGGACGUACCGCGGCUGGAGAACACACCCUGCUAGUGCCCGGGAAUUGGCAGGAUUCUAAGCGACGGGGCUACAAAAAUUUCGGCCAUCAAGAUGAAAAGGAACCUCUGUACACGAGGCUGUUCCUUGUGUUUCUUUCCACCGCAAUGGUGGGUGCAUGUCUCGAUUGGAAGAAACUUGGAGCAGCAGUUGGUUGGCCAAAGGUUGACGCGGAUGCCGGUGUAGAGAUGGGAAAGAAGAGCUCCAGCUCCCAAGAGCUGGACCAGGAAGAGGAGGAAGACUCGGACAGCGAAGUAGACGCACAAGGCAAAAAGAAGAGUCGUAAGGAAAAGAUCGGUUUUCGUGAUCGCAAGAUCAUCGAGUACGAGAACCGAUUGCGCACGUUCGCAACGGCGGACAAGGUGUUUCGAUACUUUUCCACCAUCAAGCUGAUACACGGGGAAACGUCCACGGUCUAUAUGACACCGUACGACUUUCUGCGCGCAAUCACACCGGGAAUGAAACAGCCGGAGGGACUUGGACUGGAUCAAUACAAGCGGUAUGACGCCAAGAGCAUUGAAGAGAGCGUCUCCAGCCGUUUGGAUCUCCAUCUGGACAGCGAUAGCAUCUUUUACAAGCUCGGUGCGUACGGGCUGAUUUCGUUCUCCGAUUACAUCUUCCUGCUGACCGUCCUGUCGACAUCCCGGCGGCACUUCGAGAUUGCUUUCCGGAUGUUCGACCUGAACGGUGACGGUGACGUCGAUAGCGAAGAGUUUGAAAAGGUUGCCAACCUGAUCCGGCAGCAAACGAGUAUUGGUAAUAGACACAGAGAUCACGCGAACACGGGCAACACGUUUAAAGUAAAAAAAGGUGUUAAUUCAGCCCUGACGACCUACUUCUUCGGACCGAAGAAUGACGAGAAACUGACGAUCGAGAAGUUUCUUGACUUUCAGCAGCAGUUGCAGCGUGAAAUUUUAACGCUCGAGUUUCUGCGCAAAAACCCGGACGAGAAUGGCAACAUUAGCGAGGCGGACUUUGCCGAACUGCUGCUUGCGUAUGCCGGCUAUCCACAGAAGAAGAAAGUGAAGAAGAUUAAGCGUGUGAAGAAGAGGUUCCGUGAUCAUGGCUCGGGCAUUUCGAAGGAGGAUUAUUUAAACUUUUUCCACUUUCUCAACAACAUCAAUGACGUGGACACGGCGCUAACGUUUUACCACAUUGCUGGUGCUUCGAUUGAUCAGGAUACGCUGAAACACGUCGCCAGGACGGUGGCAUUGGUGGAGCUUUCCAGCCACGUGAUUGAUGUUGUGUUCACGAUCUUCGAUGAAAACAUGGACGGACAGCUGAGCAAUCGGGAAUUUGUAGCGGUAAUGAAGAAUCGUCUGCUCCGUGGACUCGAGAAACCGAAAGAUACCGGUUUCGUGAAGCUGAUGCAUUCGAUACUGAAGUGUGCCAAGGAUACCAAACCCGUUCUGCUGGAUCUUUAAGCACGCA